UAACUAUUCAUGAAGGGGCGGCCCGAAUCGGGGUGCCUUUGUUAACCGGGGAGGGCGCGGCUGCUGGGAUUUUCGCUGCGGGCUUCACUGAGUUGGGCUUGGUCUCCAGAUUGGGGUCGAGAUGUCCUACGUCCCGGGCCAGCCGGUCACCGCCGUGGUGCAAAGAGUUGAAAUUCACAAGCUGCGUCAAGGUGAGAACUUAAUACUGGGCUUCAGCAUUGGAGGUGGAAUUGACCAGGAUCCCUCCCAGAAUCCAUUCUCAGAAGACAAGACAGACAAGGGCAUUUACGUCACACGAGUAUCUGAAGGAGGCCCUGCUGAAAUUGCUGGGCUGCAGAUUGGAGACAAGAUUAUGCAGGUGAAUGGCUGGGACAUGACCAUGGUCACGCACGACCAAGCCCGGAAGCGGCUCACCAAGCGCUCGGAGGAGGUGGUGCGCCUGCUGGUGACACGGCAGUCGCUGCAGAAGGCAGUGCAGCAGUCCAUGCUGUCCUAGCAGCCCGCCGUGGUCCCGGACUUGGGCCUGCCUGCCUACAGUGACACAUGUCCACGCUCUGUCAGCACCUCGUCCUGGCUUCUGCUAAGUACUGGCCCCUGGCUUGGAAGGGCCAGAGCUGGUCCCAGAGGCCUGUCCCUGGGACCUGACCCAGCCUUCCUUCCCCACCUCCCACCACUGGCCCCAGGCUCUGGGACCAGCUCUCAUCCUCAGAACUAUCAGGCUGUUGGCCUCCCCAGACCCUGGCAGUGCCCAGAUGGGCAGGAGGCUGGGGAAUGCUGGGUGAGGCCAGCCUUUCCCACACUGAGCCCUGGCUCCAGGGCUUGACCUUGCCCCCAGGUCUCAGCUCUGCAAUGACUAUACCCCAUGUUUUUUUCCUGCUUUCCCCAGCAGGGACUUGACACACAGCCAGAGACACUACAGAAGUUCGUCUGAACGGAAGCCAGGCAGGCUCACAGUUUACCCCAUGGCUUCCCCAGGGUUCACCUGCUUCAAAGAUUUAGAUGAAGUCCAAGGCUGACAUUUCAGGGCAGUUCUCAGGACUGCCAGUUCUUUCUAUACCUGUGGGUUUAACUUUAUAUUUUUUUAAUCACAACUUUGAUACAGAAGCAUUUUUACCUUACUAUUUGGAGAUGCCAAUUCUACUUUUGAAUUUAGCUUACUAAAUCACAUAUGGGAACAGCGUUGCUUUGGUUCCUGUGGAAAUGGGGUAGUAUGGAAUUGCCCCUGCCUGACAUCUCGGGCCCAAAUAAACAGUGCUGGAAUUUACAA